GGAAAGAUCUGUCCUCUUUCGAAUUGCCUACUAUGCUCCACUCGAUCCAUCUUACGUGUUAUUUGCUAUUAAGGACCACCCUCUUCACUUACUCAGCAGAUACUUCGAAUUCGUUCUUAACCGCGUUUUACUUCUCGCAUUCAAAAAUAUUGAACUUUGCUAAAGAAUUGUUAAGGUGCGACGACAAGGGACUAAGCCAUAGGAAGUGGAGCCUCAGAGACAUCAACACCAGUCUUUGUUCCUUGAAAGCCACAAUGGAAGGAAUUUACCUGAGCUCUGCUUCAUAUCUCCUGCUGGCCGCUCUUGCUCUCAUCGUGCUCGGAGUGGUCGGGGAUAAGUUCCUGAGGAAUAAGAAAAGGCGCGUCCUGGGGAAGGAAGCCCCAGGUCCAAAGCCGUGGCCAGUCAUCGGCUCGCUACAUCUCCUCGGUGGGUAUGAGAUCCCAUACCAAGCAUUCGACGUCCUCUCGGACAAAUACGGACCCGUCUUCGCCAUCAAACUCGGACAGGUGCAAUGCCUUGUCAUUUCCAACCUGAAGCAUAUCAGAGAAGUACUCUUCAACAAAGGUGAUAUGUUCGAUGGACGACCGAACUUCACCCGCUACCAUCAGCUAUUUGGAGGAGACAAAGAAAAUUCAUUGGCGUUUUGUGAUUGGUCAGAAACCCAGAAGACAAGAAGAGACAUGCUAAAAGAUCACGCUUUCCCAAAAGUUUUCACCGAGAGAUUUCACCAACUCAAUGGAAUUAUAAAUAUCGAGAUGCACGAAAUGUGCACACAGUUGAAAGGCGGAGUGGUUUACAUAAAACCACUGAUGCUCCGUACAGUCGCCAAUAUCUUCAUGUCAUACAUCUGCAGUUCAAGAUUUCCCUCGGAUGAUCCCGAAUAUGUGAAAAUGGUUGAGAAUUUCGAUAGCAUCUUCUAUGAGGUGAACCAGGGAUAUGCAGCUGACUUUAUACCCUGGCUUAUGCCUCUUCUCAAUGGAAAUCUUAGAAAGAUGUCGAAAUGGAGCAAGGAGAUCAAAGACUUCAUCGUCGGCAGGAUCAUCCAAAAGAGGCUUGACAACUGGGCUGCAGGACAAGAAGCAGAGGAUUACGUCGAUGCUCUCAUCAACCACAUCAAAGACCCAAAGGCGACCAUGUCUCUUGAAACUGCCUUAUUUGCUCUGGAAGACAUCAUUGGAGGACACUCUGCCAUUGCCAACCUGAUCGUAAAAGUUUUGGGCUUUGUUUCACAAGCGCCUGAGGUCCAGGAAAAAAUCCAAAAAGAAAUCGACUAUGUAUCAGCAGGAAGGGAGAUAACAUUGGAAGACAGGUCAUCGAUGCCUUACACAGAAGCUACUAUUUUGGAAGCUGUGAGACAUAUCACUUCACCGAUCAUACCGCAUGUCGCCAACCAACAAUGCUCCCUUGCAGGAUACACAGUUGAAAAAGACACACUUAUUUUCCUGAAUAAUUACACACUCAACAUGAGUCCUGAGUUAUGGUCAGAGCCUACCAAAUUCAUGCCUGACAGGUUCCUGAAUGAAGACGGAAAGAUUUCAAAGCCAGAGCACUUUCUCCCUUUCGGAGGCGGAAGGAGAUCUUGCAUGGGCUACAAGUUGACGCAAUUUAUUUCCUUCGUGACACUAGCAACACUGCUACAGAGGUUCCAUCUAGUACCUGUGGAAACUUAUAAGGUUCCCCUCGGCAACCUUGCAAUAUCGAGCAAAAGUAAAUUACAGUUGAAUCUGAUUCCCCGUUAAGUUUCCGGCUGAAACAUUUGUGUAUAAUUUCCAAUCCUCCCCAUGUGAUAAUUAAGGUAAAAUUGAAAUUACCUCAAAAUUUAAAGUGUUUAUUUUAAAAAUUAAUGUAUUUCUAACUUUGUUUUUUAAAAAAUUUUAAUUACUUAACUUAUCUAAAUUUCAUGUUUUCUUGUACAUACAUGUAUUUUUGUUAAGCUAAAGGGUAUUGAGACUGAAUAGGUUCUGGCGUAGAAAUUCGAUACUAAACCUAUUUUUAUGUUGUGAUUAUAUAGUAUGU